AUGGAACAAAAACCAGCCAAUGGACAUCUUGUAUUGCAUCAUGAUAAAUUGAUACAUAUUUUAUAUUAUCUAAUGAAUUAUCAUAUAAAAUCGGUUAAACCAUUUUCUUUAUUUGAUUCUAAAGGUAUUCAUGCAUUUUUUACUGAUCUUCAUUCUCAUCCAUUAGUAACUGAUGAUGUUGACGGAACAAUAUCAAAUAGACGACAAUUAUUUUUUUCUCGUUUACUCAAUAUUAUAUUUGAACAACAUGAUAUUACUAAACAAUUUGAUGAAAAAAUUUUUGAUCAUAUUUUACGUUUAUCAACUGAUAUGCUUGUUGAUCAUGAAUAUAUUCGUCGACAUUAUAUAUCACUUUUAUAUGCUUAUAAUUAUGAUUAUUUAGCAAUGCAUGAAGAAAAUCGUAUUCAUGAUAGACAAGCACUUGCUUUUCAAUUACUUACAAUUGCAGGUUUAAGACUUAAUUAUAUGAUUGAAGAUAAUGUUGAUUCAACAACAACAAAAUUGUCUUCAAAAGCAUUAGAAAUACGAGCAAAAAUUUCUUCAACAUUAAAGACAUGGCUUGGAUCAUUGUCAACUUUAGUUGAUUAUAAAGUUCAACCAUGUAAUUUAGAAGCUAUUGAAACAAUGUUAACAAGAAUAGCAUGUUAUUUACCGCAAACAAAUUUGAGUCUAUCGAAUUUAGCACAGGAAAUGGUGGAACUUGUACAUCUAUUAAAACGAUAA